AUGUCUGGGGAGCGGUGCUGGGGUGGAGAGGAUUUAAAGAUGCACAAUGUCCAGCCCAAAGUGAAAGAGCAGAUUAUGUGUAUUGUGAAAGACCUGGAACUGGUUCUAGGGGAACUGAAGACUGUUUCCACUGAGAUGAAAGAGGUGGUGGGACAAAUAGACCAACUGACCUCAAACCUGAACCUGUGCGAGGAUAUAAAUGAAAGUUACAAAAGUGAUACCCUAGACAGCAGUUCCAGCGGAGUGACAGUAUCGACUCUAGAGAAGUCCAAAGACAAGGCCAAACUGGUUAUUAAACCUAUACCAACAUCAAGCGCUGUCCUAACAGUGCUUCGCAAAUCCAAACCUCCACCCCCACCCCCACGGAGGACACCAGUCAGGGCGGCAAGCCCGGCAAAGUCAACUUGUACAAAUAACAAUCACAAAACUAAUGGCACCAACAUGCACAAUGGAACACAUUCAACUACUGACGGGCUGGAGAGAAACUGUGAAGGAUGCAGUGCAAGGUCUGACACUUCAACACGGGUGCCACAAAGUCAACUGGAAGCUGAUGAUAAAACCAAAUCAUUAUCAAACACUUUUAUCAGCCAGCAAUCCUCAAAGUGCGUCCGUUAUCCCAGCUCCACAACCAAACUUGAAGUUCCCAUACAGAGGAAAGCUUGCACAUGUGGUUGCAGUGCCAGAUCACAACACAAUACUUGUCUACACCAAAGAGCACCAUCAAUCUGUAACAGCAGCACUUCCACAACAAACGUAGCCACAGCAUCACAUUCAAAGCAUCAAUCCGCAGUCCGGAAGCCUACCUCUACAACAGUCUGAAAUAUACGUUUGCAAACAAUGCUUCUCAAUCAUCAGUCAAAUGGAAUUACAUUAACUGACAUCUCAAGAGCAUUCCAUACAGUAAGGCAGAUAACUGAAGCAGGUAAGUGACUCAAAAUGAUCACACUCGAAUUUUUACGUUUUGGCCCUUAGAAUUCAUUUCCCAAUAGACAAAAUGGGUAUUCUGCAACCACCAAACUUAAAUAUGUCAUUUUAAUUAAUUUUGUAAAUACAAACGAUAUUAAUCCAUCCACUCUUCAUGAUGUAUCUUUUGUGCAAUUGGUGUGAAUGAACACUGUACUCCACCAUGGCGGCACAGCGGUAUAGUUGUUGCCUCACAGCGGCAAAAGGUUAGGUUCAAUCCCGACCACGGGUGCUGUCUAUACCGCAUUUGUACAUUCUCCCUGUGACCGCGUGGGUUUUCUCCGGGAGCUCGUUUCCUCCCACUUUCCAAAGACGUGCAGGUUUGUAGGUUCAUUUGUUUGGUAAAAUUAAAAUUGUCCCUAGUGUGUGCAAGAACAUGCAUUAGUGUGUGGGGAUCACUGGUCAGUACAGACUCAAUGGUCGAAAGGCCUGUUUCCGCACUGUAUCUCUAAACUAAACUAAUUCUAUUACGUCAACCCUCUGUUCAAUUCUAUUUUGUGAAACAACCAUUUAUUUGGUUCCUUAUCAAAUGGCCAAAAAUAUAGCAUUCACCUCAUCUACACAAGUUAAACCUUCCAAAUAAAAGUUGCUUAAUUACAAGGAUGUUGCCAGUAUUAGAGGGUUUGAGAUGAAGGGAGUGGUUGAGCAGGCUGGGAUUUUCAAGAGAGUUCGAUAGGGCUCUUAAAUAUAGCGGAGUCAGAGGAUAUGGGCAGAAGGCAGGAACGGGGUACUGAUUGGGGAUGAUCAGCCAUGAUCACAUUGAAUGGUGGUGCUGGCUCGAAGGGCCGAAUGGCCUACUCCUGCGUUUAUUGUCAAUUGACUAUUCUCUGGAGCACAGGAGGAUGUGGGGUGAUCUUAUAGAGGUGUAUAAAACUAUGAGAGGAAUUGUUCGGGUAGGCGUACAGAUUCUCUUCCCCAGAGUAAGCGAAUCAAGAACCAGAGGGCAUGGGUUCAAGGUGAAGGGGGAAAGAUUUUAUAGUAACCCGAGAGGUAACUUUUACACGCAAAAGGUGGUGGGUGUAUGGAACGAGCUGCCGGAGGAGGUAGUUGAGGCCUCCAUAUAUUUUCCUGUUUCAGUGCCCAAAUCAAACUUGAGAUCAGACUAAAUGUAUGUCAAUCAAUGCAUCACUUCCACUUUAUGAACAUACAAAAUUUAGGAACCUCGGCAAGACCAACUCGCGUAUCAGAUCAAAAGCACGUUUGACAUGAAAUAUAUUUGAGUCUUUACAUAUUAUUGGCUGCCAUCCCUUAGCACAAACAGGGCAAAGCAUCAAUAGUGUGCCAUUAAUGUUUUUAUCUAUGACCACAUGCAAAGUAAUAUCAAAGGCAUUAGAUUCCAGGAUUAACACAAACAUCAGUUGCUCUGGAUGCUAAAUAAUCAUCUCUGUCGGCCACUUCGAAGAUAUAUACAUGGGCCCUAGUCAUGGUCUCAACCUCUUGUCUGGGGAUAAUACACUAUAGACAAUUCAGGAAAGAUUUAGUUGUGACUUUUCAGUUCUGGUUUCCUAGUAAAUUUAUUUUACACAUUCACUUACACUUAUAUCCUUUCUAAUGACAGAGAUCAGAGGUGUUAACAGUACAGUAAAGAUGGUGUACGAGA